UUAGGAAAGAGGCUAUAGAGAAGCUGUCAAAAUAAAUGGGUACAUAUAAAAGGCAAUACAAUCGAUAUGAAAAGAAUACAGCUUAAUUCAGUGUGUGUAUGACAUUAUAGUGAAUAACAAACACGAAGAUCAAUUCUCUGGCAACAGCUGGACUGUAGAGACAUUUAUAUAUUAGUAAGCAUGUGAUGCUGGCGAAUUAUAUAUACAUGUUAUUAAUUGAUAUUGAAUACUGUGUUAAAUAUUCUACUGUGAAUAUUGGAUCCCUAUCAUAGAUUAUUCUGAUGCUUGAUACAUGAAUUUGUCUGAGACCAGUGCAAGGUUGUCUAUUUAGUGUUUUACCAGUGCCAAAUUGGUGUGUGGAUCUUAACAUCUCAGCGGGUCAGCAAAUGAUAUGUCACCAUUUUGACAAUCAGACCUUGUGGCUUGAAUCACUCACGAUUAGUCGGAGAUAAUUUUUAGAUGUGGAGACUGUCAGUUUGCUAACUUGUGCUUCUGUUGGAUUAUUUAUGGAAUAAAUGCUUAUAAAACACUUAGAUAAAGAAAGAGAGAGGUUUCCUUAUCUAUAUUACAGUGGAUGAUAUGUGCUUUGUAUUUAUAUACGUGGGUAAAAUGGUAAGCGCACUAAAUGGGAAAAGAUGAAGAAUGGGAAAUAAGCUGUGUGCCCCAUUAUUAAAAAGAGGAUAUAGAAACGACACCAGCUACCCUUGGAAUGUUCGCAAAGAUUCUCAUCUACUACGAUUGUGGGCUGAUGUGUUUAAGGUACAUGGGGAUGGUGAAUAUAUGAGAUGGCAGCGUGUAUCUGAUGAUGUGGUUCCUAUCAACAUAUCCUGUAUAGAAGAUACACCUAGCACUGUAUUUCAGAUAACGGCCUAUAAUCGACAAGUGGAAAAAAUAUUUGAUGUAAAAAUCACUCAACCAGGAACCAUUAUUUGUCCAGCUACUGAAAGUUUUGUUCAUUGGCGUGAUCCAGUCAAUCAGUGUGAAUGGGGCCUUAAUUUCUCCACGGCUACAGAUGCUCAUCGCUUUCGAGACUGUUGUGCGUUUCCCACUCAAAGAUUUGCACGGAAAGCAUCAUCUACAAGUUCCCUUCGACUUUCGCCACCUAAGAGAGUUAAAAGUAAAGGGGCUUCUGCAUCAUCUCCAAGUUCACCAUUAAAUCAACAGCGACCAUUUUCUGCAGAUCAGCACAGUGAAACUUGUGAUCAUCUAGAUCAUGUGGCUCCAAGUUGUAAUGCACUGGACAGAAAUAUUCCGGAAUUUUCUAGUUUCCUUCCAGACGACAACUGUGAUCGUGGUGGUUUCCGCUAUUCUGCUAUAAUCAAGCCACCAUCAGAUGCUUCUAUCUAUGACAAUGAAAAUGGGACUGUGUUCACCAAAAGCACAAAAGAGGCUGAUAAUAGGAAGUCCAUGCCAUCUUGUCCUACCACCUAUCCUUCACCUGCUCGUUCUUUACAAGGACGACCAGCUUCAGCAGUAUCAGCCAUGACAUUUGCUAAAGAAGGAACAGGGAGUUUAGGGGAUUUAAAUGGAAAAAUUUAUGUAACUACAGGUGAAGCACGCUUUCCGGUGGAAAAGGACCAGAGACUUAAAGAUAAUGUACAUAUUGAGACCGCAUUUGUUGGAGGAAAUCAGUUAUCUCCCCACAAUUCACGUCCAGUCUCCCGAUUAACUGUUGACACUAAUAUAUCUGUUAGUGGUGGAUCAAGACACACCUCAUCAUCCGAAUCUCCUGAAUGGCCUUCACCUCCCGAACCUUUGACACCUAUAACCCCCUUAAAUCCUGAGUAUGACAUACAAUUUGACAGUAUCACCAUACAAAAAAUGUUGCGUUCCUUGCCAUCUUCUCCUGUUGAAAAAGAUCGAGAUAUGGGAUUUCACGACGAAUCAGUUGAUAGUGUUGGUUACAACGGAUCCCGAAGAAGAAGUAGUGGAUUGUCAAGAACUCGUAGCCUUAAUGUCCAUGAUAGAAACAAUAAACCAGCUGUACCUGUCAGACAUCGAACCACACAAAUAACCCUUCCCGAAACCUCUCCUUAUGUUUCUACGCAAGCGUUACAAGCUAUACAUGCUCCAAAAUCGAAACUAUUAACUAAAGUGUUAGUAGAACAGGAACUACUUUUACGUAAUCAGUGUGCUCAACAUAGUUAUCCUGAUAGUGGUAUUGGUGGUAUGACCUGUGAUACAUCUGGAUCUCUGUUAUCUGAAGACAGUAAUAAAUCAGAAGUCUCGAAAACCGGUGUGGAGGCAAAUAAUGACCUUAGAGCAGGGUCAUCUGGGGCUAGUAGCAGGGCCAGUCGACAAAGUGAUAUUAUCAACCAAUUAGGAGAAGGGGGAGAAUAUAAGCAAGAUCUGGGCGAGUUAUCUGAAGAAGAUGUUGAAAGUGAUGGAAGUAUAGACACUAUGACAGAAACGGAUUCACAGUUAUCGUAUGCCAGACAAGUAGGCGCUAUACGUAAAGCAGGAUGGCUAGUUGUUAAAAAUUGGUUGGUACAUAAAAAACGGAAAAUUGAAUUGGCACCCAAACGUAAUUGGAAGCGAUAUUGGAUUUGUUUAAAAGGAACAACUCUUCUCUUCUUUGAAUGUGAUGAAGAAAGUGCUGUGAAUGAAAAUAGUGUUCCCAGACAUAUACUAGUUAUUGAAGGUGGUAUAUCACAAGCAGUACCAGAACAUCCUAAAAGAGAUAAUAUAUUCUCAUUAAGUACAGCUUGUGGAGAUGCAUUCUUAUUACAGGCUGCCAGUCAAAUUGAUCUGGAGAACUGGAUCCGAUCAAUUCACUCAGCAUGUGCUUCAUCAUUUGCCAGACAGCAUGGAAAGGACAACACAUUGAAACUACUGAAAUCUGAAUUAAAUAGACUAGACUCAAAUGUAGACACGGAUGUAAAGAUGAAGAAGAUGGCUGAACUUCAAAUGACUGUUGUGUCUGACCCGAGGAGUAGGAUGGCUAUUGUUAAACAGAUUGCCCAGUGGGAAGAAAACUUAGAAAAGUUAUACUUAGAACAGUACCGUUUCCGAUGUUAUAUAGCUUCCUUACAAGGCACAGAAUUACCUAACCCUAAGGUUUUAUUAGCCAAUGCUGCCAAACCAACAAAAGCCACAUUAGGUCGUCUGGGAAUUUUUACAGUUACAUCAUUCCAUGCUUUAGUUUGUGCUCGUAAGCCACUUGUUUUGCCAAAUAUUUAUGGAAAAGGCUCUAAAAAAGGAGGUUUAUUGUCACCACGUGCUGAAACAGCAACUAAACCACGAAUACACACACCAACUGGUUUGAUUACACCAGGCAUAGACGCUGUUGUAAAAACAAAUGAACGAAUUUUAUCAGAAUCUGCAGAUAAUUUAUUGGAUAAAAAUUCUGAUGGGUCAUCUGGUCAUGAAAGUCUAUCACGGAUAACAUUACCCAAUAAACAGUCAUAUGAUUUUCAGACAAUAUUGGUGGGUGUUGAUAAGCAGACAGCAGUGAAAGAUCUAUUAGAGUCUGUAUGUAAUAAAAGACAACUGAAUCCUAGAGAUCAUUAUGUACGAAUUAAACCAGUUGGAUCACAAGAUGAUCGUUUUAUUGUUCCUGAUAGACAUGAAUCAAUUAAAAGAUUGAAAUAUGAUGCAAUAGAAGUUUGCCAGAAAAGUAUUUUUCAACUUGAACUCACAAAGACAUCAAAAGAUGGAGUAUUUGGUUUUGCUGUAGAAGCUGAAUUGGCAGAAGAUUUUGAUAGAGAUGAUGAGUUACAGGUUUAUGUCUGUGAUGUCACUAAAGGUUCUGUAGCAGACAAACAUGGUUUAAUUGUUGGUGAUGAAAUUCUAGUGAUCAAUAGCAAGAUUGUAUCUGAGUUAGAUAUGGUGUAUAUAGAAACAUUACUGCAUGAAUCACGGACAUUGUUUUUAACAGUGAGGUCAUUUCGAACUCAACCACCUACUAGUGAUUUUAUUACACAGCAUGCAGACGCGUAUAUCAGUAACAUGGUAUGUCCACCUCCUCCUUCUCAGUCACGUAUUAGUGAAAAAAUUAUUGGAAAUUUAAUAGUUCCUGCUCCAGUUAAUACCGAAACUGGUGAGGAUACAGAAAGUUCGAAACAUUCUAGUCCUUCAAAAUCUAGUCAAGAUAAAUCUAGUCAGGAGAUAUCAUCUGAUCAAAUUGAUGCCCUACUAAAGGGUGCAGAGCAAGUAACAGCCAUAUGUAGAGAUCCAAAUUCUAAAGCAGAAGUCAUUGAACGACCUGUCACACCACGACCUCUGUCUGAUGCUCAACGAAUGAGAAAAGUUAUAAUGGAGCUGAUAGAAACAGAACGGGCUUAUGUAAAGGAUUUGAAUUGUUUAACAGAGAGAUAUCUAGAACCUCUACGUGAAGAAACAUUUCUUACAUCAAAUGAAAUAAGUCAGUUAUUUGGCAACAUACAGGAAAUUGUAGUAUUUCAACAACAAUUUCUACAGAGUCUUGAGGAGGCCAUUGAUUUAGAGAAUGAGUUUUUUAUCACAGAUGAUACAAAGAUAUUCCGAGAGAAUCUACCAGAUGUUAGGAGAGUUUUGUUUUCACUUGGUGGAUCAUUUCUUUAUUAUGCCAAUCACUUUAAAGUGUAUAGCUCAUUUUGUGCUAGUCAUUCACGAUCCCAAAAACUGCUUAAUCCAGAAUCCAAUAAAGCAUUAAAAGAGUUUUUAAAAUCUAGAAACCCCAAACAACAGCAUUCAGCAACAUUAGAAUCAUUUCUUAUUAAACCUAUACAACGUAUAUUAAAAUAUCCUCUUUUAUUACAACAACUAGUCAACAUGUCACAACCAGAUACAGAUGAACAUCAUCAUUUAUCAGAGGCAUUACGUGGCAUGGAAGCUGUAGCAGAACAUAUCAAUGAAAUGCAGAAAAUAUAUGAAGAAUACGGGUCAAUAUUUGAUGAUCUCUCUACAACAUUUAAACAAGUUCAUCCGACGAAACAGCCGGUAGACUUAAGUGUUGGUGAACUACAGAUGUAUGGAACGGUAGAAUGGUGUAAUAUGACAGAAUAUCUCGGUAAAAUCAAGAAAUCAACAGAUUUUGAAAACAUAGCAUUUGUCUUCCGAACGGCUGUUGUCUUCCUCUGUCGAGAAAAAGUCAAACGUAGUAGAAAAUCUAAGUCAUUAUCAUCUAAACCAUAUGCCGAAAGUGAUAUGUUAGAACGAUUCCGAACAUUGAUUCCAACACAUGAAGUUCAGGUUAGAAUGGGUAAAGUUGCUGACAUAGAUCGCCAUUAUUGGUGGGAUCUAGUACAUUCCAGAUCAGAUCCAGAUAAUAGACCAGAAAGAUUUUAUCAGUUCUGUAACAGUACUGCUGAAGCCAAAGCUGAUUUUGUGAAAGUGAUUCGUCAUACAAUUCGUGAAAGUGUUCGUAGAAUGAUGAUUCCGACUAAUAAACCUGUUACUAAAACUGUUCAUGGUUCUCCUGAUGGUGGAACUAAAGAACCCUUACCAAAUCCUCUCUUAUUAAAUAAACGGCGUUCUAAUAAAUCACAGGAUCCAGAAAGACAUUCAGUUGAUCUAGAAGAGAAAUUUAGUUCCUUGGAUUAUGAUAACUUGUUUCGAACGCGUAGUAAAACUAUUGGUGAUUUGAAUGAGGCUGGUAUAGAUGACAAUAGUACAUUUAUUACUGCAUCGGAACCACAAAUCAGCGCACAAAAUCCCAGUCCAAACUCUUCUAAUUCAAAUCUCAGCAGUUCUAAUAGUGGUUCUGCGAAACUUUUAUUCGCUAGUGCUAAUCCGUUAAGCUAUUCUUCCAGUUCUGUGAACUCUGGUGGAUCUCCGGUGUGGAAACCACGGGCUGAGAUAAUAACUCAGCCUGGCAACCAACUUUUACCCCCAAUAAUAUCAACAGUAACGUCUGAUAAAGUAACUGGUAAACCGCCGACUGGUUCGGAUGGUAGUCGUAAAGAUACUAAAACUGUUGUUUUUGCCACACCACCGUUUCCUGUAUAUAAAGACACUGAAUGCUAGUAGAUAUAAUUAUAAACUAAGUGGGCUGUUUAAUUAUAUCCAUUUACAUUCGGUAAUUGUGUUCAUUAUAAGGGAAGGACGGACAUGUUUGAAAUGUGGUUCCAGAGAGUUUGUCAUAAUUCUACGCUCGUUCGGUUCCUUAACUGUGUUACAGAGGAUUUUUAAUGGGAUUUAACUGUUUUCUUUGUUUUUACAGUGGUUUCUCUCUUAUCACCUCAUUGUGUAUGUCACAAGUUUCAACAUAAUAGCUCUACAAAAGAUUGUGCAUCUUUUACUUUUGUCUCUCUAUGUUGUCUCAGUUAUCAUCUAGUACUAUUAGCUUAUUAUCAAAAUUAUUCUUUAGUAUUUAGAUGUGUUACUUUUUGACUUGUUGGUAAAAGCAAAGAGAGAUAUUUUUAUCAUAAUCUUUUUAUUGUCAGGUGAAAUAUACAAUCUAUUUGCAUCCAUUAAGAAAACACUUUUAAUUAUUUCAUCUUUCGCAUCAUUUAAAAAUGUUUUCUUUUUUAUAUAAGGUUACACCAUGGUAUUUAUUUUACAAGUAUAUAUAAAUGUCUCAACAAAUCUAGAAAUAGAACCAGUGAGAAAGGAAAGGAAAUAAAAUCUAUAUUUAUUUAUAAUGAUCUCUUUUAUGAUUUUAUUAAAGAUAUCUAGAGACAAAUUUCAUAUGAUAAAAUAUUUGUCAUAACUUUUUGAGUGCUCAGUCAGAAUUUAAAAAAAGAAGUCUGAUUAUCACAUAUGCAUGCAUUUUGUCUAAUCAAAGAGCUAUAAUUUCUUAUUAGCAUUUAAAUAUUCUUUUUAUUGUUUUAAAUCUGUCUGAAUCAAAAACCACAGAAAAAUUGUUAUUUCUUCCCUUUCGUAUGAAAUCCAAUAUUGUGAAGAAUAAUGAUUGUGAAUUUUUAUUUAUACAUAUCUUGUGUGUUCAGGGAUGAUAUUAUAAAUGAUUGAAACUGUUAAAUCCUAUAGGUCUUGGAGGACUGUUUUUCUUCCCAGUGCAAAUAUGGUAGCGUUACUUGUUUGUGCAAAUUUUAGACUAUUGCAUAAAAAGUGUAUUCUAUUUGUCCAAACAUGCACUAAAACUCUUUACGACUGUACUUUGCAGACAAAUACUAUUGUAGAUAUUAAGUGUAAAAGUAUGCUUUCUGCUACACACUUUCACUAUUGGAGGCAAAAUUUGAUCGCAUAGAAUAAAAUCAACAUUUGUUGGCCUUUAAUGUCUGUGCACACAUGAAACUUAUUCAAUGGCACAGUUGCCAGGAGCCCUGCAAUUUUAGGGGUCCCCAGAUUCAAUUUCGAAAAUGAAAUUAUGGUUCAUGUCUGCAAAGGCUGCACAGUUGGAGGUGUAAGUGUAUAGGUUUUUGGACUGGGAGAUUUAUACGCUUUUGUGUAAUAGUGUAUAACAGUUUUAGAUUUGUGCAAGAAUGAUACGCCCCUAGGUAGAUGAGUGAAAAUAAAUAUUCUGCCAAAUUUGUAUUAAGAGUUAUGGUUGUGAGAUUAAUUUGUAAUAAUGUAUUUAGUUUUAGUUCUUUUUUGCGGAGGAAUCUCAUAAAGAAUGAACUAUUAUUUGAAUUUUCAAGGUGAAAUUUACGUUCUUGUAACUUGAGUGUGAAUUACAAAAAUGUAGAAGGAAAACAACUAAAUAAAAGGCCAUAAUGGGCCAGUGCAAUUUAUAAAGAGUAUUGAGAUUUAGUGUCUCAUUUGGUUUCUUUGGAGGAAAACCCAUCAUAUUAUUAUUAUUAUUCAAGGUUUAAAAUACGCAUAAUAUAUUGUAAUUUUUACUCUCUAAAAUACAAUUUAAGGUCACCUAUUAUAUCAUAUAAUAUUGUUGUUAUCAUUAUGUAUUAUUGUCAUACAUAUCAUAAACACACUAUAAUAAACUUACUAAGUAUUAUUUCACAUCAUUUCUCAGAGUUCUUAUUAAGGCACCUAAAAUUCAGUUUGAAGUUUAUGAUUGUUGGUUUUAAAGUGCUAUUUUGAGUUAAUUGAAGCUUUUGGCGCCACAUAAUUAUCACUAUCAUUAGAAGAAUACAUUCUAUAAAGAAAGCCUUUAUUAUCAACCAGCUAGAAUUCCUCAAAUUAUGUGUAGAUCUGGUCAGUUUUAUUCUUUUUUAUCUGUUUAUUAUUUUUUUGAUUUAAAAGAAAAUUAAAUAUCAUUUAGAACAAAUGAAAUAAAGAUAUAUAUAACUUU